AUGUGCCUCACGGGCUACUAUUACUCAGAAAAUGGACCGGGCAAAUUAUCCAGCGAUCGAAGUCUACCCAUCACCGUCAAUAUUCUGUUUGCGGUAAACUCAUACGGAACAUUUAUUCAGUUAUUAUUGUCUCGCUGGAUCGUGAUGCGCUACCGUCGGCUGCAAGUUGCUGUCGAAGCCGUGCAAGAAGUCGAGGGGCUAUUGGGAGAGAAAUUCCUGGCGCAGCACAAGAGCUCGCUUACGACAAGAUUUUUUAUCGGCUUUACUAUAAUCCUCACAGUGACUAUGGGCAGUACGAUCGUGGUGAUGCCUCUUGUGCCGUCCGUCUUACCAGAGAAUCCGUCCGCCGUAUUAGUAGCAAUUAUAUUAUUCCUGCUGGCGCUAAUUAUCAUACUGAUUGAAUGCACACCUCUUUUAAUAUAUCUGUGUUAUUACAUAAUAUCGCACUACAUGCAAAUGAUUUUAUUGCAUUCUGAAACGGAUCGUGCUGAAGAUCAACGAAAUUUGAUCGGGGCGGAGAAUUUAAAAAUCUUGAGACGCAACGCACUGAUAUUUGACCACCUCUGUCAUGCUUCAUCAGAAUUGAAUCACAUUUUCUCCGUCCCUGUCUUAAUUUUAUUGAUAAUGAAAUUUGUCUCGGUCAUUAGCACAUCCUUUUUCUCCAUUUAUUAUUUUGUUCAUAGAACUGAUGUGUUGGAAAAUUAUAGUUUAUUCUUCCCUUUUACUUUUUUUACGGAAGGGACUAGAAUAUUAAUUCUACUCUUUGCCGCAGACAUGCCCGUUAAUCAGGUCUGUUUUCUUCGUGAACGAUUAAUUAGAAUGUCACAUUCCAGAUUUUACCGGACGUCGGCUGAAAAAAUUGCGGUGAUGACUGUCUUGAUGCAAAUUGAUGAAGGACGGGUCCGCUUGUCGGCUGCUGGGCUGUUCGACGUUGGGGUUAAUCUCAUUCCAGCAGUGAGUGCCUCAUCAUUUACCUAA